CAUCCUUGUCGUUUAUCAAAUGUUAAACAAGGAUAAACGAUGCUCGCGAGCGUUAAGUGGAAUGCAGCCCACGACGUCCACGACCCAUGUUUUGUGCACCACGACCAAUCGUCGAUUAAUUUAACUAAAAGUUGGUGAAAGAGACUCGUAACAUGUCGUUAUUCAAUUGCGAUGACUCCAAUUCCGAUGGAGAAUUGAAGAUAAACAAAGAAUAUGCCAAUAUCUACGAUAAUUUUCGUCAAAAGGAAGAAUUACAUAAACUGAAGGCAAGAUAUGGAGAAGAUGCUGCAUUUUCAGAGGAUGAGUCCAGUGAUAGCAGUUCAUCAGAGGAUGAGAAUAUUCAAGAUCCAGAAUUUGAUAAACAGUUUCUCAUAACAUUGGCUUGUUUGAAAUCUGAAGAUCCGAGCAUAUAUGAUGAAAAAGGUUUUAAUGAUAUUGACAAACCUGGAACAUCGGAAAGUACUGAAGCAAAAGAAAUAGAAAAGAAAAAGUCAAAAAAAGAGAAACCUAUUUCUUUACGCGAUUAUGAACGUAAGAUAAUAUUAGAGAGAGAUGGACGGUUUAGUAGCAGCGAAGAUGAAGAUGAUGCAAAACAGAGAGCUGAAUCUAAAACAUCCACUUAUGUACAGGAACAAAAAGAAUUAAGAGAUAGUUUUAAACAUUCUCUAAAAGAUGAAGAUGAAGAUGAGAAUAAUGACCUUUUAAAAAUAAAACAAAAAACAGAAGAUGAAAAACUCAAAGAAGAAGAAUCAUAUAAGGAGUGGUUGAAAGGUCAAGAAGUGAACAUAGAUCUCAAGGACAAGAAAAUUCUUAAACCAUUACGCGAUUUUUGGUUGGAUCCCAAUUUAGAUUCAAAUGAGAAAUUUUUAAGAGAUUAUAUUUUAAAUAAUAAAUAUAUAGAUAAAGAAUCAUAUGAUGUUGACUUGGAGUAUAAUCAAGUUAUUCAUGACAGCGAUGAGAACUUGUCAGAAGAUGAAAAGACUAUUGAAAAGCAAGAGGAAUUUGAACGUAAAUACAAUUUUAGAUAUGAAGAACCUGAUCAAGAAUAUAUCAAAAGGUAUCCACGAACAAUGGAAAAUUCAAUGCGGAAAAAAGAUACGCGCAGAGCUCAGAAAAGAGCAGAAGUUAAGCAAAGAAAAGAGCAAGAGAAACAACAAAAGAGAGAAGAACUAAAGCAAUUGAAGGCGUUGAAGAGAAAAGAAAUAGAAGACAAAAUAGAAAAAUUGAAAGAAAUCACAGGAAAUGAUGAUAUGCGCUUCGAUAAUGUUGAUUUUGAUUCUGAUUUUGAUCCAAAUGAACAUGACAAAAAGAUGAAAGAGAUUUUUAAUGACGAAUAUUAUGCUAGUGGUAAAGAUGAAAUGCAGAAGCCAGAAUUCCCAGAGAUUGAUGAAGAAUUGGAUAUCGAGAAGUGGGACUUUUAUGAUCCAACUACAGAUAAAAUUGACAUAAAAACUGAACCAUACGAAGAACCUCAUUGUGAAGAUCUAGAUUUUAAUAUGGAUGCAGAUUAUAAUGAAUCCCGAGAUUUACAAUCUGAACUCACAGAAAAUACAAAAAAGAGAAAACACAGGAAGCGCUCUAAAUUUGCUGAACUUAUAGCAAAGGAAAAACCGAAAUUUGAUCCAAAACAAUUUCCUUCAUAUGCAGGUUAUUUUGAUCAAUAUUACUCGUUGGAUUAUGAGGACAUGAUUGGAGAUUUACCUUGUAGAUUUAAAUAUCGAAAAGUAGUGCCAAAUGACUAUGGAUUAAGUGUUGAAGAAAUUUUAAUGGCUGAUGAUAAGGAGUUAAAUAAGUGGUGUUCUCUGAGACAAGCUCUUAAAUAUAAACCAGAACACAUAGAAAAUAAUGAGAUUCAAAUAUAUAAAAAAAAAUCGAUGAAUGAAGUAAAUAAGCGAAAAAUUCUUAAGAGUUUAUAUACCGAACCAGAAGAGACAAAAGAAGAAAAAGACGAAAAUAUUACUGAACAAACUGAAACUAAUAAUAAGAAACGUAGGCGAAAGAAGAGAGCUAAAACCAUUAAUCCUAACGCAGGAUUGUUUAUAGAUGCUGAUAUUGUUUCUAGAGAAAAAAUCAUGCAUAUAACAGAAAAUGAUGUACCGAAUAAUUUACAUAAUAAUAGUAAGGAUGAAAGUGGAAAGGAGGAAAAAAAUGAGGAUGCACAAGAGGAAAAUAUAGUAAAUAAGAAUAAAAAGCAGAAACGAGUCAACGAAGUCAACAGCGAUGCUCCGAUUUCUAAGAAAGUGAAGAUAGAUAACACAACGACAGAAGAUUCUCAAAUAAAAAUGGACGUUAUUAAUAACAUAGAGAAUAAUAACAAAAAUAAAACAGAGAUUAAUAACAAAAUUAAAACAGAAAAUAAUAACAAAAAGAUAGCUAUUGACAAAUUUACAGGUAAGAGGAAAAACAAGAAUAGGCGCUCUCAAUUUAACCAAAUGAAUACUGGAAGAUGCAAACCAAAUUAUGAUGAUCCAAUGAUGUCUUUGAAUACAGAAAGAUUGAAAACAUAUGGAAUAAAUGCUAAGAAAUUGAAAAAUAAAUUAAAAUAUGGUAAUAAAAGAUUAUAA